UAUAGGCUACCUGUAUCACUCUUCUCGUUCCAUCAGUUAACAGAAUUGUAUCUCAAUGGUUGUGUUCUUGACCAUCAACCAUCAUCUAUUGGAUUUGGUAGCCUUACAACCUUAAACAUGCAAGAAAUAUGGACUUGUGAUAAAACGCUUCUGCGUCUUUUAUCGAGUUGUCCAUUACUUAAGAGAUUGACUAUCAAUAGUGAUGGUGGAACUAUUGAUGAAAGUGGAGAUUUGACCAUGGCCGAUCUGUUCGAGUGUUUACGGGGCAUUGAAUAUCUGACUGUUUGGUGUUUCAUCUUUUUGUCUUUUCUUCCACUUCCAAGAAAGCUUCCAACAACAUUGGUCCACUUGAAACACUUGUGUAUGGAAUGUGUAUGCUUUUGUCACAUAUAUGCGUUACCUAUUUUCGUUCUUUUGAUUAGAAGCUACCCAAACCUCGAAAAACUUAAGCUAGUGGUUACCGAAGAUGAGGUGCUUGAUGAAUCAUAUAUGGGCUCCUCUACUCUCGAAGAUUAUUCUGAUAUUUCGUUGGAGUACCUUAACGAAUUAGAGAUUCUACAUUUAAGAAACAUUGAAAAUGGGUUGGUUUUCGUGAAGCUUAUCUUGGCCAAGUCACCCGUGCUAAAGAAGGUGUGGAUAUUCCUAUGGGAUGAGUUGCCUAAGGAUGACAAAUUGCAGAUUUCAGAAAUCCUUUUAAGUUGCCCAUGCGCAUCACCUAUGGUAAAAAUCAAUGUUAGUUGAAAUCCAAUUAGUCAUAGCACUUGGUGGUUUGUUGACUGUUUGGUGGAAUGAACAACUUUGUUUCGAUCCGAUAUGGGAUUUUGAGAAUUAGGAGUUUUUGUAAUUUGAAUUUUCAAAUUGUUUGAAGGGAUUUGUCUGUAUCAGCAAGGAAUGUGUCUGUAUCAGCAAGGAAUGUUUGUGGUGUAUUAGCAAGGAA